AUGGCCAGAUCCAUUGGCAGACACCACCGAAGUUCGCACCGCCCUCCGAAAGGUGCGGAGCACACAGUGGCUGUGCAAGCUGACUUUCCGAGAGACUACCAGCAGGUCUUGGAAUUGGAAUGCAAGCACUUGGAGCCAUUCUUGGAGCCGCAAAAGCCUGCUCUCGGCAAGGGCUGCCCUGUUGCAUCUCUGGGUGUGCUCAACGUGGACAACGAACUGGGGAUACUUCGCGCAGGGCAACUGGAUGCUUCGGCGGCUCGAGUGCUCAUUGCCUUCAACGACAUCCAGCUCCCCGACGAGGAAGCUCUUCAGCAAGAUCCACAGUCGGCCUCGGCCAUGCGAGUGAAGCGGUCUGUCGACUGCUUGCUCGCACCCCAGCGGCAAGGCGAGCCAGUUCGGGCGAAGCUACGCGCGGCUGGGCCAGCUUCCGCUGUCAACUGGAUCUUGCGGGGCCGUCCGGGAGAUGUUCACCAAGUUGUCAUCACGCAGACGGAGACCAUCGGUGAAUGGAGUGCUCUAUGGCACGUGCCGGUUGCCAUCGAAGCUGUCGCAUCUUUCGUCGCCUACUGGCAGUUCAUCCUGGAUUGCCAGAGAGGCCAGAACGCGCUUCUCUUCCAGGCUGAGUGGACGCCGGGCAAGCGCGUCCGCGCAGUGAGAGACAACAUGCCAUCCGCGGCCAAGAAGUCCAGCGCUUGGCACAGCCCGUAG